ACUUCACUGCAAACAACCCCUUCCUUUCCUUUUUCUUCAUCACCCUCUUUUACCAUUCAUAUUCCAUUCUCAAAGUUUGUUUCUUUUUUCUUUCUUCAUUUUGCUUUUCUUCUUCUCUUGUGUCAACUCCAUAUUUAAGCUUCUUGGGUUGAAUUCUCAGCAUGUUUUUGGGCUUAUCUUCCACUUUCCUAUCUGGGUUUUGCUUUUUUCCCUUCAUGUGUUGGUGAUUAUUACUUCUUCUCUUAGAUCUGCUUUAGGGUUUGCAUGCUUUCCACUUAAGUUGUGGAAUUUGGAAUUCUCCUUGGAUUUUGGAAAGAAAGCCUUUUUCUAGAUUCCUUAGGUUGUGGCUAUGUGAAAAGUGUAGCAGAUUCUUUGCAAAUGCUUGUUGAUUAUAUGCUUCUUUGUCCAUUAGAAACCGACUACUCCAGUACUCUUCAUAUCUUCUCUGGUUAAUUAUCUCUCUCUUUGAACUUUCUUCAAAGAGAGAAAUUGUGUAUGUUUGUGUGUUUGUGAUCCUAUAAUAAUAAUAUGUCUCUUGGCAUGAUUGGUAAUUGCUAUGAGUGUUACUAGUACUACUAUAAUAUAGAAAAAUGAACAGAGGAAUUGAGGUUCUUUCUCCAGCUUCUUACCUUCGAAGUUCUAAUUGGUUGUUCCAAGAGAGCCUGGGAACCAAAUGGACACCACAAGAGAACAAGUUGUUUGAGAAUGCUUUGGCUGUGUAUGAUAAGGACACUCCAGAUCGUUGGUUGAAGGUGGCAGCCAUGAUUCCAGGUAAGACUGUUGGUGAUGUGAUCAAACAGUACAAAGAACUGGAGGAAGAUGUGAGUGUCAUUGAAUCUGGGUUUAUCCCAGUUCCUGGGUACACCGCUGGUUCUUUCACUUUGGAGUGGGUUAACAAUCAAGGAUUUGAUGGGUUCAAGCAAUUUUAUGGAGUUAAUGGCAAAAGGGGUACUUCCACUAGGCCAUCUGACCAGGAAAGGAAGAAAGGAGUGCCAUGGACUAAAGAGGAGCACAGACAGUUUCUGCUGGGUCUCAAGAAGUAUGGUAAAGGAGAUUGGAGAAACAUCUCUCGCAAUUUUGUGACCACAAGGACACCAACUCAGGUUGCAAGUCAUGCUCAGAAAUAUUUCAUUAGGCAACUAAAUGGAGGGAAGGAUAAGAGGAGAUCAAGUAUCCAUGACAUCACAAUGGUCAAUCUCCCAGAAACAAAAUCUUCAUCAGAGAGUAACAAACCCCCUUCUCCAGAUCACUCAAUGAAGGAUGUGAAUCCACACCAGAAUCAAAGAUUGUCUAGCUUGGUUAAACAGGAAUAUGAUUGGAAAUUGCCAUGUGAGAGUGUUCCUAUGCUUUUCAAUUCAACAAAUGGAAACAUGUUCAUGACACCACUUUGUGGUAUUUCUCCAUAUGGAUCUAAACCACAGGAACAGUAUUUACUCAGAGGCAGUCUCAGUGGAUGCCAAUUUGGACCUUAUGAUAGCAUUAUGCAGAUGCAAUCUAUGCAACAAAAGUGAACUAAUACAUAUAAUGCAGGCUUUAGAGUUCUAAGGUACUAAAUUGCUAAAGCAUAUAUACUGAUGUUGGAUUGAAUUUCGGAUGCUUAAUUGGUGAUUUAUGUGAAUAUGUUGAGGAGGAUUUUCCAUUCGUCCUUGUUACUUCAUCUCUGAAGAAUGUUCAUAUUAAAGUUCUGGGACUAUUCAGUCAAAAUGAAGCUGGGGCUCCUGUGACACGAUUUUCUGAUCAAAUGUUUGUCAUUUCAUUGUGUUGACAAUUGCAUCUCACGUGCUUCUUUUUCUUUUUCAUUUUCCUUUUUUUUACUGUAAAGGAUUUAAUUAUCUGAGACCAAGAGUGCAAGAUCACAGAGUAUGACAUAAGGGAAUUAUCUGCAGAAAGUACAGGGCAAGAAGAGUUUUCUAAGUCAAAGGUUUUAAAUUGUGGUCAUUAAGACAUUUGGGGUCUAUGAAAGGAUAUUGAUAUUGCGACAACAAUUGUGGCCACACUUGUCUGCAAUCUUUUAAGGUUUAUGAGUUCUUGUAACUCACUCUUUAUGAAAUGCUUGAUGCUU